CGGAUCAUGGUUCGUGGAAGAGAUGCCUGUUGGGAGCAUUGUGUGCUCGUGGAUGCGACACGACAGAAGGUGAGGUGUAAUUAUUGUCAUCGAGAGUUCAGUGGAGGGGUUUACCGGAUGAAGUUUCAUUUAGCUCAAAUCAAGAACAAAGAUAUAGUCCCUUGUGCUGAAGUCCCUGAUGAUGUACGCGACCAUAUCCAAAGUAUAUUAAGCACUCCCAAGAAGCAGAAAAAUCCUAAGAAACCAAAGGUUGAUCGGGCGGCCAAUGGUCAACAAAACAGUUCUUCUGCUAGUGGUGGUAACCAUCUAAACCAUGGCUCUAGUGGGCAGCAUGGUAGCACCUGUCCAUCUUUGUUGUUUCCACACCCAUUGCCGAGUUUACAGCCUGCAGAGAAUGAUGCCCAAAAGCAAAAACAGGAUGAUGCCGAUAAAAAGAUUGCUGCAUUUUACUUCCAUAAUUCUAUACCCUUUAGUGCUGCUAAAUCUGUUUAUUAUCAGGAAAUGGUGAAAGCUGUAGCAGAGUGUGGAGUAGAUUACAAAGCCCCAAGUUAUGAAAAGUUGAGAUCUACCCUAUUGGAAAAAGUGAAAGACGACAUACAUGAUUAUUACAAGAAAUAUAGAGAUGAGUGGAAAGAAACGGGUUGCACGAUAUUGUGUGAUAGUUGGACUAAUGGAAGAGCCAAAUCACUUGUUGUAUUCUCAGUUGCAUGCCCAAAAGGGACAUUUUUUUUGAAGUCAGUUGAUGUAUCAGGUAAUGAAGAUGACGCUACUUACUUGUUUGAGUUGCUUGAGUCUGUUGUCUUGGAGGUAGGUGUGGAAAAUGUUAUUCAAGUAAUAACAGAUAGUGCAGCCUGUUAUGUUUAUGCUGGAAGACUUCUCAUGAACAAGUAUAGUUCAUUGUUUUGGUCUCCCUGUGCUGCUUAUUGUAUUGAUAAGAUGUUGGAGGAUAUCGGUAAACAAGAGUGGGUGGAUAUGGUCUUGGAGGAGGCAAAGACUGUCACAAGGUAUAUUUACAGUCAUGCAUGGACAUUAAAUAUGAUGAGAAAGUUUACCGGUGGAAAGGAGUUGAUCAGGCCAAGAAUGACUAGAUUUGUAUCUAAUUAUCUCUCCUUAAGGUCCAUUUUGAUCCAUGAAGAAAAUUUAAAGCACAUGUUUUCUCACUCGGAGUGGUUAUCCUCCAUUUAUAGUAGGCGUCCUGAUGCUCAAAUGAUAAAGUCCUUCUUGUAUUUGGACAGAUUUUGGAAGUCUGCACAUGAAGCUGUAAGUAUGACUGAACCACUUGUUAAAAUGUUGAGGAUUGUUGAUGGAGACAUGCCUGCUAUGGGCUACAUAUACGAGGGAAUAGAGAGGGCAAAACUUUCAAUCCAAGCAUAUUAUAAGGGUGUUGAAGAGAAAUACGUGCCCAUUUGGGAGAUAAUUAAUCGGAGAUGGAAUGUACAGCUUCUCUCACCAUUACAUGCAGCUGCAGCAUUUCUCAACCCUUCAAUUUUCUACAACCCAAAUUUCAAGAUUGAUUUGAAGAUGAGGAAUGGAUUUCAAGAAGCCAUGGUAAAAUUGGCUACAACAGAUAAAGAGAAAAUAGAAAUCACCAAGGAGCAUCCAUUGUACAUAAAUGCUCAAGGCGCUCUUGGGACUGAUUUUGCAAUCAUGGGAAGGACCCUAAAUGCCCCAGGUGAUUGGUGGGCGAGCUACGGUUAUGAAAUCCCAACCCUGCAAAGAGCUGCGAUACGGAUACUGAGCCAACCUUGCAGUUCGCAUUGGUGCAGAUGGAAUUGGAGCACCUUUGAGAGCGUACAUAGCAAAAAACGAAACAAAGUGGAACUGGAAAAAUUCAAUGAUUUGGUGUUUGUGCACUGCAGUCUUUGGUUACAGGGCAUUUGUAAAAGUAGGGAUAGAAAAUGUAAACCUAUAAUCUAUGAUGAAAUAGAUGUUAGUUUAGAAUGGCCGACUGAGUCGGAAUCUUCAGCCCCUCUGUCGGAUGAUUCUUGGUUGGAUAAUUUACCCCUUGAAUGCAGAAAUAGUCCUUGAAUUGUAAAGAAAGGUAUAAUAGGAAUGAUAUUGUAUAUCAAAGUAUCCCAUUUUAUAAGAAAAUGUAGUUAGAAAGGUGACUUGAUUUGUAAUAUUUGUAAAGAAUCCAUAGGCAUCG